GUGGUUCGCGGAGCGAAGGAUCUUCAUGCGCAGGACCCGAAGAGGCACGACAAGUUGUACGCCGUGAUGGGAGUGAAUUUGGGGCCCGGGUUGUCUGCCAACCUCACGCUUCAUCGGGAAUUAAUCAUGACCGUGCCUGACACGGGAAACACGGGAACGAUCGAACAAGGCGACAACAAACCCGCCAAACAGAAACGACAUCGGACAAGAUUCACGCCAGCUCAGUUGAACGAGUUGGAAAGGUGUUUCAACAGGACCCACUAUCCGGACAUUUUCCUCAGGGAGGAAAUUGCUGUGAAAAUUGGCCUCACAGAAAGUCGGGUGCAGGUGUGGUUUCAAAAUCGCCGAGCAAAAUGGAAAAAAAGGAGGAAGUCCACGCCGGUUUACCGUUCCGCGGGCACGUUGCUGCCAUCUCAUGGCCUGCCACCGUUCGGCCCGAUGGGCUCCGACCUGUGCGGUGCUGGAAUGUUUCAUGGAUCUGCUGAGAGAUGGGGAAUGGGAACAGGUCUCGGACAAUUAGGCCAAGGAAGUAUGACGAUGGGCGGUUUCGGCCAAAGUUUAGGACAACUUGGUCAACAAAGUACGGGCAGCCUGGGUUCCAGCUUGGGUCUUGGUAAUUCUGGCCUCCCGAUCAGCAGUCCGUCGCAGACCGUCUAUCAAGCUAGUUACGGACUGAAUUCCCUCGGGGGUGUGCACGUGACGGCGUCUCGGGGUUCGCCUCCAGGAGGCUCGAGCGUGGGCGGAGGUCAGGGUGGCGGUCUAGGAUCGGCCUUGAACUGCGGUCAGGGCUCGCCAGGGACGACUUCCGGUAGCGGAGGCGGUGGCGGUGGCGGCGGUGGUGUUUCCUGUGUGGCUGCCGACGUGAACGUGACCGAAGCGUCGGAUUGGAGAGACGCCCACAGCAUCGCGGCGCUCAGGCGUCGUGCCUCGGAUACGUCGCAACAAUACAGUCCACAACCACCGCCACCGCCAGCAGGACCACCUCAAUAUGCCCACGACAUAGAGUACAAUUCCGUUUACUGAGCUGCUCCGGGAUUCUCCGUUUACUCUACGACUGGUUCCAUCGGGGAUUUCGAGGACGAUCGAUUCCCUUGGUGGACGACGAGACCCUUCCGGGCAGUCCAUGUGCAGGGUAACGCGUGAUCGGAGGAAAUACUUGUUGCUAUUUCGUGGUUCACCACUACGUGAUCUUUUCCUCAUGGUUUAUGUUCGAGGCUGGAAAAUUUGGGGAUAAUCCUUUAUCUAAGGAUGAGCUACAACGAAUUUUCUCUCAUUUAUAAUUGUAACGUUGGAUUCGAGGUUCGAGGUAGUGAUGGGUAGUAUCCGCCAGAGUGCGGGACAUGGUGUACAUGGUUCGUGGUCUGUGAAAAUUGUUUUCAAGUUUAAUUUAGUAAUUCGGAAAUUACAGUGUACAACUUGACAAAGUUGUGAAUCCCAAAAUUUGCAAAUGUGGAAACUAAAAAAUCCUGUAAACCUGUCAUUUGCCCGUCACAGCUCAAAACCUAGCUUCCAAUAUAACAAACUAAUAACAAAUAACGUGGUGCAAUCACGAAGAAAGCUAAGCAUUUCUUCUUCCACUACGCGUGACCGUGAAGUUCAGAAUGUGAAACUGAAGAAAGAGGAAGUUUUCGAAAGGACGAUAAAGUGGAAACGGAAGGUUUGAGAUGUAAUAGAAAACGACUUCUGCGUGUAACAUUGAAGAAGCUGUGCAACACUGGUUACUUAAUAUAUGCAUACAUUAACGCUGUCACCGGUGCUCGUCGGACAAUUUUAAACUCGAUGUACAAGAGUUUCCGUGCGACAUCUUCGUUGUUUUUGAAGAAACAAAGAAAGAUGAAUCGUACGGGAAGUCGCGCACAUCCUUCAAUUCCGAUUACAGAUUCAACGUUCAUUUGAACGUUUACUUUAAAUCUUCAGAAUCUUUGAAGCAAGGUUAAGUGCAAUCUAAACGAGUAUUUGUUUGAACGUGAACGAUUAAUUUAUUAUAUGCGUUACGUACUGUUUCAAUAAUGGAGUUUUUAGGAUUACACGUAAGAAUUCGCGACACGGUGUGACGAAAAGUAUACGACAAGUUAUUAUAGUAAUUAUGUAUGGUAUUGUAAAUAUAGUAAAAAAUUAUGAUCAUUACCGGUAAGUAUUGCGUACAAUUAAACGGCUAAGUUAUUUUUACUUGACCAGUUUAGCACACGAUCCAGCUUGCAGUUCCUUUUACGAAUCCGUCAGAAACCAAAGGAAAUCCUUCGAUUUUCAGCGAAUUUCACACGUUCACGCGAAAUGACCACGGAGCCUGUUCAACGAUCGCAUCAAGCUUUAAUAACGAUUUAAAAGAAGCUAGUCUCUUUGUUCGGCUUUGUAUCAGGCAACUGGCUAUCUGAAGAAGUUUUGAUCGCUUCGAGAAUAACAGGCUGUAUGUGUGUAUCGUUGAAUCUUGCAUGAGAGGAUAGAGUAUUUCGAGUAAUUAACCCUCGGACGGUGCAUCAAUACCAUUCUUUUCAGUUUUUAGUCUUCAAUCUUUUAAUUGACAUUUAUUGUCAAUUUUAUUGUAAAUUGACAAUUUGAAUAAUAAAUUUCUUAUUAUUGUAAAUUGACACUUUUUUGGUAGUCACUGUGUUAGUGGACUUACUAAUAUAGGUCUUUUCAAUCACUUUGUAAUGUAUCAUUUUGCAAACCUUUCAAAUUGCAGAGUCAGUACUUCAAAAUUAUGAAGUUAUAUAUUUUCGAACUUUACGUCACAAAGUUUAAUAAAUUUGACAUUACAAGAUUUCCAGUGCUUAAACUUAUAAAAUUAAACUUGCGAAGACCUGGACUUUCAAGACCCUAAUUUCCAUAGUCCUAAACCUCCAAUCCCAAAAGUUUCAUAGUUUCAAUCUUACAGAGUCCCAAACGUGCAAAGUCCCAAACUUGCAAGACCCUAAAUUCUUAAGAUUCCCAGUUGCAAAGUUUUUAACCUUCAUGAGUCCCAAACUUCUAAGGUUCCAAUUCUUCAAGGUCCCAAACUUCUAAGAUCCCA